GGAAGUUGCCUCGAAAUUGCGCCAAAGCUAAAGAAAAAUAAACAGAACCAUCAUCAACUGAAUAGAAGCUGUCGUUUUUUAACUAGCUAACUGUUAGCCAAAUAUAUGGUUUAUAUUUAUAUAUCUGCUAUAACGUUAGCUAGUUAAGAAUAUAAUUGCAUAUUUAGCUUAUGAAAGAAGCGUAACCAAAGAGUAUCUAUUAUCCUGUAAAGUUUGUCUUUAGAAGUGACGUUUGCAUCCCAGCUAAGCAACUCGAGUGUAAGAUGAGUGGAGAGGGUUCUGCUCACAGCUCCUGCAGAGGACGGCAGAGGGGAGGGGGAUGGAGGGGAGGAGGAGGAGGGGGAUGGAGGGGAAGACCAUGGAGAGGAAACUCACGCCCCCCCAGUGCUCAAAGAGGCUCCUCUCAGUCCCGUGUGUCUCAGACCACUCUGGACAGACUCUCUCCCUAUAAAGGCUGGGCCCUCUACUUCACUGAAGGUUUCAUAGAGAGUUCUCCGUAUGUGGAGAAGAUCAAAGUGUUUGAACAGUACUUCACCUCACAGAUACACCUCUAUGACAAAGAUGAGAUUGAGCGUCAGGGCAGUGUGUUGGUGGACUAUAAGGCUCUUGUUGAGGAUAAGAAGGUGUGUAUGGCUCUGCCGGACCUGUCCAAUCAGCUGAGAGAACAACCAGAGACCACUCUCAACUGUCUGGGCCUCGCCAUACACCAGGUUUUGACGAUGGACUUGGAGAGACACGCUGCAGAGUUACAGGGGGAAGGGCUUCCUGGGGGAGCCACACCCAUCAUUAACAUACCCCACAUCAGCGCCAGGUUGUAUAACUAUGAGCCAUUGACAGCCCUGAGGACGCUGCGUGCGAGUGUGUUUGGUCGGUUGGUGUGUGUGAGGGGGACCGUGGUACGUGUCAGCAACAUCAGACCACUCUGCACAAGCUUGGCUUUCACCUGCUCCGGCUGCUCACACACACACACACUCACCCUGCCACACGGCAAGUUCACCACGCCCACCAAGUGUGUGCAGCCACAGUGUCGCAGUCGUUCCUUCGUCCCCAACAGGAGCUCCCCUCUCACCCUCACUGUGGACUGGCAGAAUAUCAAGGUCCAGGAGCUGAUUGGAGGAGAGCAGAGGGAGGCAGGGCGGAUCCCUCGGACGGUGGAAUGUCACCUGACCUCUGACCUCUGUGACAGUGCGGUCCCUGGAGACACCGUUACUAUUACUGGAACAGUCCGAGUCAGCCAAGACGACGGCGGCAGCAGGGGGAAGAAGGAUAAGUGUAUGUUCCUGCUCUACAUUGAGGCCAACUCCGUCAGCAACUCUAAAGGUCAGAAAGUGAAGGAGGCUGGAGGUCAGGGGUCAUCUGGAGGUGAAAGGUCAUCGGGGAUAGAGUUCUCUUUGAAGGAGCUGUACGCCAUCCAGGAAAUACACAGCCAACCUGAUCUACUGAAGCUCAUCGUACACUCCUUGUGUCCAGCCAUCUACGGCCACCUGCUAGUAAAAGCAGGCCUGUCCUUAGCGUUGUUUGGAGGCAGUCAGAAGCAUGCUGAUGAUAAGAACAGGAUCCCCAUCAGAGGAGACCCUCAUAUACUGGUGGUGGGAGACCCUGGCCUGGGGAAGAGUCAGAUGCUACAGGCGGUGUGUAAUGUGGCUCCCAGGGGGAUCUAUGUGUGUGGUAACACUACCAGUACGUCAGGGCUGACCGUCACUCUGUCCAGAGACGCCGGCUCUGGAGACUACGCACUGGAGGCUGGAGCUCUGGUACUAGGAGACCAAGGUAGGGGUGUGUGUGCGCUUACAUCCCAACUAUCAUCAUCCCAACUGUCAUCAUCCAACCUAUCUGCCAUUUGUGUGUUUGUGUCAGGGCUGUGCUGUAUAGAUGAGUUUGAUAAGCUGGGCCAUCAGCAACAAGCGUUACUAGAGGCCAUGGAGCAGCAGACCAUCAGCCUGGCUAAGGCUGGUCUGGUGUGUUCCCUACCUGCUAGGACCUCUGUUAUCGCUGCUGCUAACCCUGCUGGAGGACACUACAACAGGGCCAAGACGGUUUCCGAAAACCUCAAGAUGGGCAGUGCCCUCCUGUCGAGAUUUGACGUGGUCUUCCUCCUAUUGGAUGUUCCUGAUGAGUCGCAUGACCGCCGGCUGUCGGAACAUGUCAUGGCCGUCAGGUCAGGGAAGGGAGGGGCUUCAGGUGCCGUGGUUACACGAGGAGACGACCAUCAAUCACAGAGCUCGCUGCUGGAGCCCUCCGACACACCUCUUUCUGACCGGCUGCAGGUGUGUCCAGGGGAGUGUGUAGACCCCAUCCCCCACUCUCUGCUGAGAAAAUAUGUUGGUUAUGCCCGUCGCUACGUUCAUCCCUCGCUCUCUACCGCCGCUGCCCAGACGCUCCAGGACUUCUACCUCUCCCUACGCUCACACACACACCCCGUCGACAGCACACCCAUCACCACACGCCAGCUGGAGUCCCUCAUCCGCCUCACAGAGGCACGGGCGAAGCUGGAGCUCAGAGAGACAGCCACCAAGAGUGACGCUGAAGACGUUGUGGAGAUCAUGAAACACAGUCUGGCAGAUACCUUCUCUGAUGGUAGUGGAGGUCUGGACUUUGAGCGGUCAGUACUGGGUGUUGGGAUGAGUCAGCGUUCGGCUGCCAAGAGAUUUAUCACUGCGCUCAACACACACGCUCAGCGCACACACACCAUGUUGUACGACCUCACACAGCUACGCAGCCUGGCCAAGGACCUCAACAUACAGGUUGCAGACUUUGAAGGUUUCAUCAGUUCUCUGAAUGAACAGGGCUACCUGCUGAAGAAAGGACACAGACAGUACCAGCUACAGACUAUAUAACACACAAACAUCAUUUAAAGACCUGCUGUUACUUAACGCAAUACACGUUUUGUAAAGAA